AACACUUUCACUUGGAACAAAUGAAAUGCUCCGAGCUCUCUCCCGCCAUCGAUGGCUGCAAGCCCUCUUGCAACACACCAAAGAUCCCGAGACCCUCUCCAAAAUCCACGCUCUCAUGCUCCUCUCCGGCGCCUUCCUCCACCACCACUCCCCCGGCGCCCUCAUCGCCGCCUAUGCUCGCCUCCGUAACCUCCCCGCCGCCCACUUGCUCUUCCAAACCAUUCCUCAACCCAAUGUCUCCGCUUGGAACGCCAUUCUCAUUGCCUUCUCCCGUCAUGGCUCCCCUCACCGCGUUCUUGAUCUCUUUCGUCGCAUGAUCUCAAGGAACCAAGCGCGCCCUGAUAGCUCCUCUUUCACUGUUGCUCUCAAUGCUUGUGCUAAGAUCUUGGAUCUUGGAGCUGGGGAGGACAUCAAAGCCAUAGCUUUUGAUCUUGGAUAUGCUGGUGAUGUGUUUGUUUGCUCCUCUUUGUUGAAUUUGUAUAUAAAAUGUGGCAGGUUGAGUGAUGCAGUGAAGGUGUUUGAAGGAAUGCCCAAGAAGGAUCUUGUUUCUUGGACUACAAUGAUAAAUGGGUUUGCGAGCUCCAGAAUACCGUUUGAGACGAUUGGGAUUUAUAGAAGGAUGAGAUUGGAGGGUAUGGAAGGGGAUGGGAUUGUCAUGGUCGGUAUAAUUCAAGCAUGUGCAGGGAUUGGAGAUGUGAGGAUGGGCCGAUCUGUUCAUGGGCUCAUGAUUCGCCGUGAGAUGAGAAUGGAUGUUGUUGUUGAGACCAGCCUUGUUGACAUGUAUGCAAAGAAUGGGUUUCUGAAACUGGCAAAGCUUGUUUUUCAGAGGAUGGAGAUUAAGAAUGUUGUCUCAUGGAGUGCAUUGAUCUCUGGAUAUGCUCAGAAUGGAUUUGCUAGUGAUGCAAUCUGGUUGUUGAUCGAUAUGCAAAUUUGUGGGCUUCAGCCUGACUUGGUUGCGCUUGUGAGUACCCUGCUGGCAUGUUCACAAAUUGGGUCUUUGAUAUUAGGUAAAUCAGUUCAUGGAUACAUUGUGAGGAAGCUUGAAUGUGAUCGAAUAUCAGGCACUGCAUUGAUAGAUAUGUACUCGAAAUGUGGGAGCAUAGCAAAUGCUCGUGAGUUGUUUGAUAAGGUCAGUGCAAAAGAUUCAAUCUCUUGGAAUGCAAUGAUAGCUAGUUAUGGUGCUCAUGGUCAGGGAAAGGAAGCGUAUUUGCUCUUCUUGGAGAUGAAAGAAGCUGGUUUAAAACCUGAUGAGACAACUUUCGCUUCUCUUCUUUCAGCUUUUGGUCAUUCUGGGCUUGUAGAUGAAGGACGCUACUGGUUUGAUCUUAUAGUCGGGGAAUUUGGAUUUGAACCAGGUGAGAAACAUUAUGCUUGUAUGGUGGAUCUUUUAGCUCGUGCAGGCCAUGUUGAAGAAGCCCAUGAACUCAUAAAAUCUAUGGCGAUCCAACCAGGAAUGACUGUCUGGGUUGCCCUACUUUCUGGUUGUCAUAAUCAUAAGAAGUUGGAACUAGGAGACUAUGCUGCGGGGAAGGUUAUAGAGUUGGAUCCCGAUGAUCUGGGAAUAUAUACGUUGGUGUCAAAUGUCUAUGCUGCAGCGAAGAAGUGGGACAAAGUGGUUGAGGUGAGAAGAUUAAUGAAGAAAAUGGGGAUGAAGAAGGUUCCAGGAUAUAGUUCAGUGGAGGUUAAUGGGAAGCUCCAUGCAUUUUUAAUGGAGGAUAAGAGUCAUCCACAGCAUGAAGAGAUUAUUGAGAUGUUGAAAAGAUUGGAUUUGGAGAUGAGGAAAAUAGAAUACACUCUUAAAACGGAGUUUAUACUUCAUGACCUUGAUGAAUAGGUGAAGGAGAGAAUUCUGUGCAACCACAGUGAGGGCCUGGCCUUUGCAUUUGGAUAGCUAACCAUCAGUGCAAGAACAAGGACUCUGAUCAUGAAGAACCUUUAUUGUUUGUGGGGACUGCCAUGAUGCAAUUAAAUAGAUUUCAUGCCUUCAUUGCUCCUUCCCCAGACUCCCUUUGUUCUUAUCUCACUUGCAUUUGCAACACCCUUAAUGCCACCAUGUGCCUCUAGAUUUUGAUAUGCCGAAAUAUGGCAGAAAAAUGCUUGAUAGAGACAUCUAUCAAUUCGAUUCGUGUAAGCGUCAAAAUGAUUAUGAAUUAUUUUACACUUGAGGGACUAGCUUAUAUUUGUUCCUGUUCUUGGAUUGAUUUGUCACUCCUUAUCAUUGGGUUAAGCAGGCUGAUGAGCUUGAAAACAUUCAGGCAAAAAAGUUGCCCAGGUUUUUGUCAAUGAAGGCAGAUGCAUUCCAAGUUCUCAGAAGAAAGGCAGUGCAGGACAUUGACAAAGAGAUCACUGAGUUAAAGCUAUCAGUAAACACAAGAGGCCGGCUUGUGGCAACUGAGUUUCUGAAGCAGUUCGUCUGAAACAAUUAUGUGACUUCAUGUGAAAUUUAUGAGUUACAGUAUCUGUUAUAAGGGAUGAAAUGUAAAUCUGAAAGUUCUUGAUGUAUUCCAUAGAAAACCUUACGGAUAAUCAGUUUGCAUAUCAAACAUUGUGAAAAGUAUAUUAUGUUCUCAGUUUGCAUAUCAAA